AUGCCUUCUCUCACGCCAAAGACGGACCGAUCAAUUGUCAAUCGAGAUGAUGCUAGUCAGCCAAUUAGCAAUCCAGCGCUGCAGGCUCACACCUCUAGUGUUGACGAGGAAAGCCCACUCAUCGGAAGCACAAACGAUGUGCCGCAGCGAGCCCUAACUAGCAUCGCGGGCGUAAUCACGGUGCUCUUGCUUGGCGAAUUCAUAUCUAAUGCCGACUCUACAAUCAUCAUGGCCGCUGCGGGCUCUAUCUCAUCCGAGUUCAAUCGGUUGCAUGAUGCUAAUUGGCUGUCCACUGCCUAUACCCUGGGCCUAUGUGCUUCUCAGCCUAUGUAUGGUAAACUCAGCGACAUUUACGGCCGCAAACCAUUGUUGCUAGUCUCUUACCUUCUCCUUGCGCUAGGCUGUGUUAUCUGCGGUCUUGGCCCUAUAAUGCCUGUCGUUAUUCUAGGCCGAAUAAUCAGUGGUAUGGGCGGCGCGGGUAUCGUUGCCAUGAGUGCCAUUAUCAUCACAGAUAUCGUGCCUAAGAGAGACGUCGCCACCUGGAGAGCUUAUGUAAAUAUCUCUAUGACUCUUGGUCGCAGUGCUGGCGGGCCCAUGGGCGGAUGGCUUACAGAUACCAUCGGAUGGCGCUGGCUCUUCCUUCUCCAGACCCCGUUACUAGGUAUUGCUGCAAUGCUUGUAUUUUUCUUUUUGGAAAAUCCCAAUCGCUCAGAGGUCUCCGAUGACCAUGAGAGCUCGCCUUCCAUUCGUCGCGUGGAUUUUCUCGGUACCGCUCUACUAGCUACUGGCAUUGCAGCCAUUAUACUUCUAUUCGACCGCGGUGGACAGGCCUUUUCCUGGACUUCUGGUUUUUCCAUUGCACUUGCUGUCACCGGCAUUCUUGCCCUUGUCACAUUUGUAUAUGUGGAAUCCUAUGUUGCCCCUGAGCCCAUCUUCGAUUUACGUAUCCUUCGGCGUCGAAACGUUGUAUCAAGCUAUCUGAUUGGCGGUUUGCAAAUUUCUGCCCAAGUCGGUAUGAUGUUUACUGUUCCGUUGUAUUUUCAGGUUAUGAUGGGCUUUGCUCCGACCAUUGCCGGUGCUCAUCUGGUCCCUGCAGUCUUUGGGAACACAAUAGGUGGUGUGUUGGCUGGACUCUUCAUCCGAAAGACCGGUCGCUAUAAGCCCGUGUUGAUCAUUGCCGGUAUCUUCGCCUCUAUAUCCUAUGUUCUUCAAUUCUUUUUUUGGAAUGGUCAUACUGGGUUUUGGGAGUCUUUGUAUAUUAUUCCAGGCGGAGUGGGCACUGCAUUCGCAUCGGCGGCUACAUUUGUGACCAUGACCUCGUUCCUCGGAUCAGGUGAAGUCGCGAUGGCAACAAGUGGCUACAUCGUUUUCUAUACUUUUGCCAUAACAGCUGGUGUGACGGCAACUAACACGGUACUGACCGUAACAUUCAAGCAUCAUAUGCAGCGCGGACUACAGCAACAUCCUGAUGUGGAAUAUAUCGUACGUCACGCAUUGUCCGACACAUCAUACAUUGCCAGCCUCACGGGCCGUGUGAGAGAAGUUGUAUUGCAAAGUUACCUGUCUGGCUUGCACCAUACUUACGUCAUUUCAUUUGCCAGUUCAAUGAUCGGGUCUAUCAUUGGAUGGACUGUUCGGGAUCAACGACUCUAA